AGAUUUUCUUCUUCAUUUGCAACUUUGGGGCAAUGGUGCUCGAUAGUUCUGUUGCUCUGUCGCCUCGCCGGCGGCAUGGCUUGUUGCGGGAUCAGGUUCAGCUAAUUAAAAGAAAGGACUCUGGAAGAUAUGAGAUUGUUCCAAUUGAGGAUCCAUUGUCUUUUGAAAAAGGUUUCUACGCUGUUAUUCGUGCUUGUCAAUUAUUGGCUCAGAAGAACGACGGGCUCAUUUUGGUUGGGUUAGCUGGUCCUUCUGGAGCUGGCAAAACCAUUUUCACUGAGAAGAUCCUCAAUUUUAUGCCUAGUAUUGCUAUCAUUAACAUGGACAACUAUAAUGAUGGUACUCGUGUGAUCGAUGGAAACUUUGAUGAUCCACGGUUGACUGACUAUGAUACACUUCUUGACAAUAUACAUGGCCUAAGGGAUGGAAAACCUGUUCAGGUUCCAAUAUAUGACUUUAAGUCGAGUUCUCGAAUUGGUUACAGAACGCUUGAGGUGCCUAGCUCUCGCAUUGUUAUUCUUGAAGGCAUAUACGCUUUGAGUGAGAAACUACGGCCUUUGCUCGAUCUUCGUGUCUCUGUCACUGGUGGAGUGCAUUUUGAUCUUGUCAAGCGUGUUUUGCGGGACAUUCAACGUGCUGGCCAGGAACCUGAAGAAAUUAUUCAUCAAAUAUCUGAGACGGUUUAUCCUAUGUACAAGGCGUUUAUUGAACCUGAUCUGAAGACAGCUCAAAUUAAGAUCCUGAAUAAGUUUAACCCCUUCAGUGGCUUUCAGAACCCAACAUAUAUUUUAAAGUCAACAAAGGCUGUAACACCAGAACAAAUGAAGGCAGCUCUGUCUGAAGACUUCAAGGAACGUACAGAGGAAACUUAUGACAUCUAUCUGCUACCACCAGGCGAGGAUCCUGAAGCAUGCCAAUCCUACCUCAGAAUGAGGAACCGGGAUGGAAAAUACAAUCUCAUGUUUGAGGAGUGGGUUACAGAUCGUCCAUUUAUUAUAUCACCCAGAAUAACUUUUGAAGUUAGUGUUCGUCUUCUCGGAGGAUUAAUGGCACUGGGUUAUACCAUUGCAACAAUCUUAAAAAGAAAGAGUCAUAUCUUUGAUGAUGACAAGGUAAUUGUGAAGACUGAUUGGUUGGAACAACUGAAUCGGACAUAUGUUCAGGUACAAGGUAAAGACCGUACCUUCGUCAAAAAUGUGGCAGACCAACUUGGACUGGAAGGUUCAUAUGUUCCACAUACAUAUAUUGAACAGAUACAGCUGGAGAGGCUUGUGAAUGAUGUUUUGGCUUUGCCAGAUGACUUGAAAACAAAGCUAAGCUUAGAUGAUGAUACAGUUUCUAGCCCUAAAGAAGCCCUCUCAAGAGCUUCUGUUGAUAGUAGAAUGAAAUAUCUUCACGGCGGUGUAUCAAAGUCUUACACAAACCCAAGACACAAAGCCUUGCCUAACUUGACAAGACUUGCUGUUAACAAUAGAAUGUUAGAUGCCAGAGCCCCUGCUUCACCGGCCACUCUUCCAAAUCAGGGUUUUAUCACUCAGCUUUCAGACCAAAUAUCGACACUGAACGAGAGGAUGGAUGAAUUCACAUCUCGCAUUGAAGAGUUGAAUUCCAAAAUCCCAAACAGGAUAGCUGCUUCAGGUAGUCAACAUAACUUGGCAUUGCCAAUCGAAAACGGUAAUGGGUCCGUCUUAUCGCUCUCCUCAUCCGCAUCUCAGCUCGUAAGGGAAUCUCCUCUGAUGGAAGAGGUCAUACUCAUUGCUCGUGGACAGCGUCAGAUAAUGCUUCAAAUGGACACACUGAGCAAUCUUCUUCGGGAGUAUGUUGGAGAAAGGUCUCGCAUAGAGAGACUCGACAGCAACAGAACAAACAGUAAAACACAAAACCUCGAAUCCUCUACUGUACCUAUUCUUCUUGGUUUGGCCAUUGGCUGUGUGGGCAUUUUUGCCUACAGUCGUCUGAAAUAGUUGCUGUAACUGUGAAAACCCAGGCUUCGUGAUAGUGGCAAUGAUGUAAAUAACAUGGUUUGGGAUACACACUGGACAAAUUCAGUCUUGACAAUGUAACAUGUACCAAGAAUAAAAGACUGAUUCGUUU